AUGCACCGGCCUACACAUGAACCAUGGCGAGAGGCGGCUGGGAACUAUCCCUAUGCGUGGCAUCUCCAUGGGCGCAAGAGAUUGUGGGAGAUCCGCGUGCAGAUGCGCUUGAAGGAGGUGCCCAAGAGCAAACUCUACUUUGGGAUUGAACUCGCAGAUUGUGAGGCUGCCUCGGCCACCGCACGGCAGAUGAAGGCCGUUCUCAUCAGAGCCGUCCAAGGCGUGAUUGGCGACUUCUACUACUCAGAUGGGGAAGAUCCCUCAGAGGUGAUGCCAGGUGAAGAGGUGGAACCCUCCACUUUCGUGAUGCCACUCUGGGCAUUCGACCAGUUCAUGGUCUCUGAGGCUGGAGAGGAGCCUGAAAUCACUGGGGACUUGACCAAUGUGGGCAUGCUUCGGAAAGACGGCCUCAAGGCCUAUGCAAAGGAGUUGCAGAAGUGUAUCAAUGAGUUCUCCAAGGACAAGGUUUAUACCUUCUGCAUCUGGGGCAUUUCCCAAUUCCUGGAUUGCAUCCGCUGGGAAGUGGGCGGAAUCUUUCCUGGUAUGACGGCCAACUUUUCGCGCUUUGGGUUGCUGAAGGUGAUCAACAUUGCAAUCUAUGAGAUGCCUGGAGAACACCCAGAUGCCAGGCUGGCAGAGUUUGGCCUGAAAGAUGUCAUUGUGCUCACCGGAGCUCACUGCUGUCUUGGCUUUUCAGGUCCCGAUGAGAUUGAGGAGACCAAGCCGCAGAGCCCGAGAGCCAUGGACGUGUUGCGGCUUCCCCAGGCACCCUCGUCCUCCUCGUCUUCCUUACGCGAGCAGCAGAGCGGCCGGACCAUGUCCGUCGCUGCAGUGCCCAAUUUGUUGCACGGUGUGGAAGCCGAAGAGGAUCAGGUCGACCAGUCGACCAUCAACCAGACUCAGAUCAGUUGGAUCACUCCAUGCCUUGCAGAGGAGGACUGUCCACGGUCUCGUCCAAGUUCAGCAGGCGCGUGGUCGCUGAGCAGCGCGACGACGUCCUCCCUUUCUCAGGAGGAUGCAAUGAGCUCCCCGGGAAGUCUGAUGGGCUUUUCGAAGGGCACCGUUGAGGCCGCCGUGGAGGCGGCCUCUUUGCGACUGCCGAGAACAGAAGAUACAGAGGCAUCCCACGCUGCAGAGACGCACGCGGCAGAAAGAGAAAGCGAUCAG